ACCCCACCCGACUAGGUGGCAGUGAUAAACUGAUUGUGGGGGCUGACCACAGAAGAAGACGAAGAAAACUCGACUGUCAUUGUAUUUCCCAUCAUCCAUCGCGGCGUUUUUCUCGUUCCAGCUGUGAGGAGCGUCGCUUCUGAUGACAGUGACAGGCAGAUGUGUGUGUUUCUCACAGCAGUCGGUUUCUAAACGGAUCGAUACAGUGUGUGUCCGGGGCCAUCGUUGAGCUCGGUGACGGCGGAUGCCGCUGAAAGCGCGGAGCUCGACCCGGAGGAGGAGAAAGAAUCCGGAUGAGGAGCAACCCGCGGAGCCUGCUGCUUCCUCAGCUCAGGUGAUGGCACCGACGCGAAUGAAGCUGCGCGUUCGCCGCCGUGACAAUGCAGCCGCAGGUGCUGCAGGACGUGGUGCUGCGCUGGAGGAAGAUGAAGAGCAGAAGAGUCGAGAGAGUGGCAGCAGGAGGAAAAACGCUGGCAGAUCUUCUACUGCGGCCACAUCCUCCUCGUCCUUGUCUCCACCCGCGUCCUCCGCCUCAACGUCAGCACGCCCCCAUCUGAUGGCAGCAGAGGAGGCGUCGCCUGACUCCAAGUGCCCCAUCUGCCUGGACCGUUUCAACAACUUGGCAUUCCUGGACCGCUGCAAGCACCGCUUCUGCUUCCCGUGCAUCCAGGAGUGGUCUCACAAAAAGCCAGAGUGUCCGCUUUGCAAGCAGCCCUUUGCCUCAAUCUUUUACCGGAACCAAGCUGAGGAUGACUUCAAGGAAUAUACGCUACGCUCAGCGCCCCCCAGCAGCAGCGUGGCCGCUACUGUGGCAAUGGUGGCAGCGAUGGCGUCAGCUGCAAGAAGCAGCCAUCAAAUGAGGCUAAUGCUGAGGCGGCACCGGGUGUCAGAGGCUGGCGAGACAACAACAAGGAGGCGGCGGAGGGAGAGAGGGGCCAGAAGGGCGGAGGAGAGGGCAGGGAGUUGGGAGUGGUACCUCGAUUCCCCUCCCCUUCCACUCCCUCCUCUUCCUCACCCUCCAGUCGUUGCUGAGGACAGUGAGGAUGGGGAGGAACAGAGGAUAAGAGGAGGUGCUGAUUUGGUGGAGCGCGGUGUGAUAUUUGAAGGACUAACAGGCCUUGGAGGGGCAGUGGCACCCAUUGCCCCCAAUGACCGGGCAUCACGGCGACUGAUGACUCGCUUAGCGGCAAGGCAGCGUUUGCAGCGUGAAGGUGGAACCGUGCGUCGACUUAGGGAGAGAGAGACGGUGGCUUUUCGCCGUGGCCUCUAUCGCUGUGGCAUUCGGGUCCGUGGGGUUGCCGAAGUACACGGCAACGAGGGACAGCGUGACAUCACGGCAGAUAGCUUCCGUCGGAACCCUGCCCACUUGAACAGGCUCCGCCCCUGGCUGCGGAGGGAGCUCACGGUGCUGUAUGGCUCGCACACCUCGUUGGUUGACAUCGUUCAGCGCAUCAUCAUGGCAAGGCUCGCCCGCCACGGCCUGGAGAAUACACCCAACAUAGAAGAAGAGUUGCGGCCAUUCUUGCUGGCACGCACUGAGCACUUCCUGCAUGAGCUCAUCAGCUUCGCCCGCUCGUCGCUCAGCCUGGAAAACUACGACCUGCAGGCGGUGUACGAGCCACCGGACGCUGCAGUGGAACUGGAUGGGAUGAGCAGCUCGUCCGAUGGCAGCUCUGUCAUUGCCAUCUCCGAGGGGGAGGAUGAAGAGAGGGGGGCAGGGGGAGGGUCCGAGGAGAUGCUGGGGAGGGAGGUGGGAGCUCAAGAUGACCCCAUCCAAACAGCGAGUGUCCUUAGCCUUUCGGGUUGGGACGAUGAAACCCCAGGCCCCUCCUACUCCACCGCCGAGCCUUCAUCUUCGUUCAGUCCUGCCCUGCCGGAGGCAGCCAAUCAGGAUGGAGGAGAAAGGCAGGGAGAAGAGGAUGAGUGUCUCAUCGUUGGGUACAAGAAGCCGAUUGCAGAACGGACGCCAGAGUUGGUGCAGCUCUCCUCUGACACAGAAGAAGAGGAGGUAGAGAAGAAGAAAGAGGAGGAGGCUCCUCCUCCCCCCUCUGCAACACCUCCCCUCUCUUACCUACCAGCGAUCCCUCCCUCCACAUCAGGUACUUACAGAGAGGAGCAGGACAAGGGGCAGAAAAUUGGCGAGGUGGCAGGACAGCGCUCACGUGCACGCUCAUGGUCAGGGAGCUCUGGUCGGAGCAGGAGCUCUGUGUGCACGCUCAGCCCGGCGACGCCUGGAGAGACUGAGCGGCAACAGGAGAUGGGGAGCUGGAGAGACAGGAAGUCCACCAGUGAGGCAGCAAGAGAGAAGAGGAGGAAGAGAAGGCAAGAACGCAGCAGCAACCAGCACAGGAAAAGUGGCACUCUGUUCAACCCAAAUCGCUCCAUUUAUCCCGCCAUGAUGCGGCACCGCUCCUCGCCUCCGUUUGACUCCAGCGCUGACUCCAGCUCCCCGCCGUCGCCCAGCCCGCCGGACUCCAGCUGGGAGUACCCCUGCGCCCAGGUGUCCCCUCUCACCUCCUCUGCCUCUUCACCAUCCCUCUCCUCGUCCUCACCACGUCCUCCCCCACCACCACCGCGGACGCCACCGACGCCCACGCUGUCCCCCAGCGACAGCGCUCAUCACGGAGAAAAACCCGGCGGGAAAAGGAAAUGCAAGAGCCGCCACCUGGACAACAAUGUCAAGGAUCCCACAUGGAGGCCGAGCGGCAGUGGCGUUAUUCGCAAGGAGAAGAGGAAAGAGAGGAGGAAGAGGAAGGAGCGAGACAGAGGAAGGAGAAGGGAGAGGCACAGGCGGGCGAGCAGUGGCUACGGUGGCGAGAGCAGCAGGAGGUCCAGACAAGACCGCAGCCCCAGCGUGGAGAUCGUCUACGAGGGCACCAUCACCGCCGACGGGGCGCAGCCUCCUGCACACAAACGGCGCCGGAAACGUCAUCGCAAGGCUCAGCAGAGCAGCUCUCCGGUCAUCAUCACCCUGGACAGCGACAGCACCCACGACGACGCCAACAACAAAAAUAGCGGCAGUAUCAGCAGCAGCCCACUCAGCAGCCAGCAGACCGUCGACUUCUCAGACCUUCCUCCGCUUCCAUUGGUGCAUUCGGCCAGUGUGGGCGGCGUUUUGGACGCUGAAAUCGGAGAGCUUCCCGUUGACAUUCUGGACCGAGGAUACGAUGGGUCGGACACAGAGCUGGCGGGCCGUUCCAAGGCAGCUAGACUGAUCGCCAUUGACAACAGUGAUCACGAGGUGGACGUGGAGAACCUGGAUGUUGAUGUAGAAGGACCAAUCAAAGCGACAGAUCCAAAGACACCCAACGCUGACAGUCACAGAAACAUGGGCUCUGUGAGCGUGGGCUCUCGACCAAUGGGAGACCAGGAUGCUGCCCGCGUAAUGACGGAUCUUCUUCAUAAAAGACAUACUGAAGCUUCAACCUCUGACAGCCACCUCUUGGCCUCCAUCCUAAGUGACCUGGACAGGAUCGCUGCACCUAAACGUGAAGCCCCGUUGGACAUUGACGCCAGCUGCUCCCCAGACUCCAAAAAAAGGCGCUACCGAGAUCCGUGUGGCGUUAGUCACGCUCAUCAACAGCAGGACAGCUGGAAAUCCACUUUCUCUGAGGAGCAGCCAGUCCAGAAUCAGGACGCUACGUCCAUAAACUCGCCAUCUCAACUCAAGCAAUGGAAGGAGGGGAGGGAUGCCCCUCCGCUCCUCAAACAGGCCAGCCCGGUUCGGUCAUACAACAGGAACACGCCGCCACCACUAAAACACAAAGAUGCUGGGAGUCCACGCCGCUCCCCUGUUUUUAACAAAGACCUCCACUCAGAUCACACCUCUGCCGGACCAAUUCUGCAUAGUUUAAAUCCCACCGACUCCUGUUCGCCCGCGAAGCUGCCUGACGACAGCGAGUCCAUCCCGCCCAUUUCUGCACUGAAGAGACAUCUGACCAGCACGUUCGCACUGAGCAGCAAGCCGGCCAACAUGAGCAGCGUUUCAGCUGCUCUCUCUAAAGUCCGAGCACUGACCACUGACUUCGAUCACUCCGGUCACAAACCUCCUGUCGCUCCCUCUUCCUCUUUUGCGUGUGAUUCGACUCCCACGGCUUCUCGUUAUUACUCCUUAAACUCCUCAGCUUUACAUUCCACCAGGGAGAGCACGAUGGGAAUAUCUUCCAUCCUCUCACCCGUCGACUUAAAUCCUGUGAAUUCUUCAUCGGACAUUGAUUUCCACUCAGCUGCUGGCUGGUCCAAAGAGAAGCCAGCUCCUGCUCACUCUACCUCCGCCAGCUGCAGGAAUAAGACUCACAACUCCUUCUGGGCAUCACCCGUUGACUUUCAUCGAUUCAGCAGUGCUGCUGGAGGUCCCCCGGCACGUAGCGGCAUGUACUCAGGAGUCAACUCUCACGACACAUCACUUCCCGUUUCUGUUAGUGAUUCCAGGACUCAGAAUGAUGUCUCACCCCCUAACUCCCCCUGUUCCAGUAAUCUGACUCUAAUUGGCUUGACAACAGCUGCCACGCCGUCCACCGUGAACCUGCUUCCUGUUGACUUCCACUCCUCCAGUCCGGCCUCGCGAGGACGGACAGGCGAGGAGACUGUGUCGGUGCUGAACUGCGAGGGAAAGCCACUCUCGGUGGGUCUUGUUGCACCUGCUAACUUGCAUUCGUCUUGUUUGAUUGACGGACACUUGAACCACACAGCCUUCUCCUCCUCCUCUACUCCCUCUGAACACAGCAUUACAUUCAACGCCUCGCACAGAAAGUCCGAACUCGGCAUGGACCCGAAUCUUCUCCGGCCCCCCAACCACGUUGAUCCUGAUUCAAAACAUAACCUCCCCCCUGACUCUGAGCCUCCACCACCAAAAUACGCUCAGAGGGACUUUGAGCCCCACACGGACAAUCACAUCAUCUCGGAGUAUAACUCCACUUCUACCACUGACACCCAUCCAUACGAACGCUCCGCCACGUAGGACACGAUGAAACGAGAGAUUUAAAUGUUCGGAAUAAAUGUCAGGGACAAACUGUUGCAUUAUACUUUUAGCAUCAUUUUUCAUGAACCAUUUAUAAACUUGUGUUUAUUUAGAAUUUAACUCGAGUACAAACACAUUCCUAGUGACUGAUUUUCAAAAUAAACUUGUUUUCUGAGGCAGCACCAAUAAACUGAUUGUUUAGACAUGA